CGUGAGGUGUCGGAUGUCCCAUGGAGCAGUGAACUCAGCCAACUUCUCCCGAAGAAAAGUAGGGCUUCCCAGUGGGAUUAUAAUCAGUAAAGGGACAUUAAAACAUCUAUAGUUAUCAGAGUGCGUAAACUGAGUUUCACAUGAGUGCUUAUUAUGCAGAGCAAAGUUUCGAAAGAAGUUUUCCUUAAGUUCUGACAGGUUUGUGUAGCUCGGUGGUUUUCAGGGUGGUGUUCACUGGUUUGUUUUUGACACCAAAGUCACCAAAAACAGACAGUAUGUCGCAGUCUGAACAGAAAGAAAACACGGAGCAGCCAAAGUUAAGCUCUGAAAAUGAACACAGCGGGUUCUUGGUGAACCCGAGAGCGGUUUGUAACGCGUGUAAACGCUUGUACCGGGACCCUAAAAUCCUCCCUUGUCUGCACACCUUCUGCUCCGACUGUGUCGGCCGGCUGGAGCCGUUCUCUGUGUCUUCGCGCAGAGGCGAAGAAGCGGUGGAAGAGGACCGACCCGCCGUCACCGUCACGGUGCUUUGCCCCGACUGUGACUCCGAGGUGGACAUCCCUCCUUCGGGACCGGAAGGGCUGAGCACCGACCACCUGGCGCUGGACGAAGUAUUCCUGGAGACCCUGGCGACGGACGGCCCGCUGGGAUGCGACCUGUGCGGUGAAGGAGGCGCCGAGAGCCGCUGCGAGGUCUGCUGCGUCAACCUGUGCGAGUUCUGCUGCCAGGCGCACAGGCGGCAGAAGCGAACAGCAUCUCACUCUGUUCAGUGUCUGGAGGAGCUGAAGUCUCGUGGUCGUCUCUGCCGCCCCGUCCUCUGCUCUCUCCACCCCGGCCAGGAGCUCCGGCUCUUCUGUCAGCCCUGCGACCUGCCCGUCUGCCUGGAGUGUGCCGCCACACUGCACCGCGACCACCGCUGCUGCCCCACCCGGGAUGUUAUCGAUCGUCAUGGAGACCGCAUCCGAGAGCUGGUCACGGUGCGCCUGCGACCCCGACUGGAGCGUUUAAAGGACUCGCUGCAGAAGGUGGAAGUAGCCCAGGAGACUUUGCAGGCACGGGUGGAUGCAACAGCGAACGAGGUGAGGGCGUUUGCGCGAGCCUACGCCAGCGCUGUGGAAUCCCACUGCCUCUCUCUGCUGCAUUGCCUGGAGGACGUCCGUGUGCAACGCAGGAACCAGCUUCACCUGCAGAGGGCACAGCUGCAGCAGGCUCUGUUGGACAUUGGAGGCGGAGUGGAGUUUGCAGAGAGACUGCUGAGCUGCGGGUCAGACGCUGAGAUCCUCAGCGCCAAAGGAGUGACCCUGAGAAGACUGACCAGCCUGGCAGAGAGCAGCUAUGACCCCCACCCGGCAACUGCCCCAGACGACGGCAGCAGCAUCAGCUUCAUGCCCAGGGAGCCAGCGGGGGAUUUGGAGGGCUACCCGGUGGUCGGGGUUAUUAACUCUAAGACAGUGGACCUCAGCAAGUGCACCAUCGAAGGGGAAGGUCUACAGAGGGGCAGGGAUGGGCAGCAGGGCCACUUCACCCUGGUGUGCCGGGACUCAGCUGGGGAGCAGAUGACACGAGGUGGAGAGCAAGUCUUGGUCAGCGUCGUUCACAAGGAGAAGAAAAACUGCACAGUGGAGGCGACAGUGGUUGAUAACAAUGAUGGAUCCUACAGCAUUUCGUAACCUGAAGAGCCAGGUGCCUACUCAGUGUGGGUUUGUGUCAAAGCCCAACAUGUCAAGGGUUCUCCGUUUAUUCUAGAUGUGAAGAGAAAGUUGAGGCGUCACCGUGGGACGUUUCACUGCUGCUCCUUCUGCUCCAGUGGAGGAGCCAAGGAGGCUCGCUGUGGCUGCCCAGGAACCAUGCCAGGAGGAUUCAAAGGUUGCGGUCACAGUCAUAAAGGACACCCUGGGAAGCCGCACUGGUCUUGUUGUGGCAGCACCGUGGAGCGGUCCGAGUGUUUGCCUCAGAGCGUGUUGGAUGCAGUUUCCCCCCGCGGCCACCUGCGAACUGUGGAGCUCUGAGGCGACGCAGAGAGACCUGUCAAGAUGAUGCAAGUUAAUGAAAGAUGGCAGCAACCAAAAGGUUAGAGCGGCGGGGUAGUAGGGUUGUUGGUGUAAUUCUUGAGCAGACUUGAAAAGGUCAGACAAAGAAAGAGAAGCUCUAAAGCCACGGUGACUGAGGCAGGACAUUAAAGUCGAGGUUUCUUGAGAGUGCUCACCUCUGCCAGACAUUCUGCUAACUGUCAUUGUGAAACAGUCGCCAGUUUACCAUCAGAGACCAACAUAUAAGACAAAGACCUGAGAUAAAGGCUGUGAAUCUAUGUGGUAAAGUGCCUUUUGUGUCUACGCUCUGCCUACACAUGACAAGAAGACAGAACAGAAAGAAAAUUAAAUGCUCCAAUCACAACAGCAUGCUUCUCCUCUUAAAUCAAAUGUGUUAGAAGCCUUGCUGAAGGGCGCCUCAGAGAAGAGAUAGUUUUGCUUCUUCAUUGCUUCACUUUUCU